AUGACGGCGGCCGGCAAAAAUAAUGAGCCAUCGGCUCUGGCCAUUCGGCGAGUUACGCACGACAAAAUCCUCCUCUUUGGAGACUCCCUCACAGAACUUAGCAGUAACAUCCACACACUUUCAUUUGCUCUCACGCCUGCACUACAGCAUUACUAUUUUCGCAAACUUGCCGUGGUUGCAAGAGGAUAUGGAGGCUACAGCUCGAUGCAUCUGAAACAUGCGCUGCUGCCCACAUUGCGUGCGGAAACAGCAGCUGGAGAGGCGAUCAAGUUAUUGGUGGUAGAGAUGGGCACAAACGACGCCGCGGAGCGUGAUAUACAAACCGUGCCAGUGGAAAAAUACAGCGAAAAUCUCCAGUGGAUUGUGGAGCAAGCCAGAAACGCAGGCGUUGAGAGAAUCAUAUUGGUGGGCCCAGGGCCUGUUGACGAGAACAUGCUUGAACCUCCCGUAUACAACCGAGUGAUGAGAAAUUUGAAAUACUCGGAAGCCGCAAAAGCCGUUGCAAAACGCUGUGGUGUGCCAUUCAUCGACAUGUGGCAUACGAUGAUGUCGCACGUGGGAUGGCAAGAAGGACAGCCAGUGCCAGGCAUAUUCGGUACAAGCCAGACGGUACUGAAAGAUGUAUUAGACGACGGAAUUCAUCUAACUGGUAAGGGCUACAGAAUAUGGUACAAUGAGCUCUUGGCAAUAAUCGAAGCCGACUUUCCAGAGCUAAAAUCUGAAGCGCUGCCAACGGUACUGCCACAUAUAUUUGAUGUUGACAGGGAUAAUUUGCCUGAAACGUUGUGGCAAGAGGUUAAAGUGAAAGAGUGA